UGUGGGUCCCUCUUCCCCGACGGCUAUUAAUAAACCGGAUCCGUAGUUUCCGGGCCACCGCCAGUAUAGAUGCAGGGUUGGGGGCCUCAUUUAGGCUCCUGAAAUUUGUUAAUCCCACCCGGGGAGCGUGAAGAAGGCCCAUCCGACCCCCCGCACUCCAGCGGCGCCGUCUUUAACCUCGCAGUGCCUCCCCCCCCACCUCCGCCCCAAGCUGGCCGGCUCUGCGCUCGGCGCUGGCUGGGUGCGGCAGCUCCAUCCCUCCUCCGCUCUGCCCUGCUCUGCCCUGCCCUGCCCUGCCUCAGCGCCCUCCCUCCACCCGGGUAUCAGGCGAGAGGCGGAGCUGGCCCGGCGCGCCCCGCCCCCGCUGUAGAAAGGGCCCGGAGAGUGUUACUCGCGGUCAUCCCCAGCUCGGGCCUUUUAUCUCGACGCAGCCGGGGAGGCGGGAGGAGGAGACACGGGGGGUGGCCCUGAGCGCCGGUGACACCUUUCCUGGGGCUCUAUAAAUUGAGCACCUGGGAUGGGUAGGGGGCCGACGCCACCACCACCGCCCGCAGUCACAGUCCGGCCACUGACCGCAACAGCACCCGCAGGCAGCAGCCGCCAGAAGCGGGAACACUGAGCUACCCAGCAGCAGAGGCGCUCGAGGACCCCUAGGAGCCAGGCCAGGGCUCGACCCACGGACCACGCGCCGAUAUCGCGAGCUUCCGGACGCCAAAGCCAGGAGAAGUCGCGCAUCCCGCAGGGUCGGGCUGCGAGCGAGACGAGAGUUGGAGAGGGCGGAGGAGGAGCCCGGAAUCCCGCCGCACCCUCUGUAGCCAUAGUCAGGCCUCCCGGCGCGGGCCUCAGAGCGCGUGAAGGCGGGCAGCCCCUCGCCCCGGCCGGCCAUCCGGUGCCCAUACGUCCCAGUGCUUCGGCGCCCGCCCGGCCACCAUGAUGCAAAUUUGCGACACCUACAACCAGAAGCACUCUCUCUUUAACGCCAUGAAUCGCUUCAUCGGCGCCGUGAACAACAUGGACCAGACGGUGAUGGUGCCCAGCCUGCUGCGCGACGUGCCCCUGGCCGAGCCCGGGCUGGACAACGACGUCGGCGUGGAGGUAGGCGGCAGUGGCGGCUGCCUGGAGGAGCGCACGCCCCCGGCCCCCGGCCCGGGCAGCGCCAACGGCAGCUUUUUCGCGCCCUCCCGGGACAUGUAUAGCCACUACGUGCUGCUCAAGUCCAUCCGCCACGACAUCGAGUGGGGAGUCCUGCACCAGCCGCAGCCAACGGGGAGCGAGGAGGGGAGCGCCUGGAAGUCCAAGGACAUCCUGGUGGAUCUGAGCCACCUGGAGGGCGCGGACGCCGGCGAGGAGGACCUAGAACAGCAGUUCCACUACCACCUGCGCGGGCUGCACACCGUGCUCUCCAAACUCACGCGCAAGGCCAACAUCCUCACCAACAGAUACAAGCAGGAAAUCGGCUUCAGCAAUUGGGGGCACUGAGGCGGGUCGCCCGCGGCUGCCCAGCACCCUUCCCCCCGCCCCCCCAUUUCUCACCCUCUCCCUUUCAAGUCUAUUUUCUUUCUGGCUGUAGGGCGCGCUGGGCGGACUGCAAAGUUGGGGGGCUGCGUACGUGCAGAGGACGCGGCGGAGCUAGAGGGAGGAAGGGGCUUCUUUUGGGAGAGGAAAGUGAUGGCAAAACGUGGCGGGGGGCGGGUGUGCCCAAUGACUUCCUUCUCCCGCAGAGAGGUGGUGGUGAGGGGGCUGUGUUCUACUCUGUUGGGAAUGGGACUGAGUUGACGCCCUGCCUUCAGUCUGUGCCUUUCCUGGAGUUUCUAUUCUGUUCUUUCCGGAGGAGAAGGGCCGAGAAAAGGGCCAUUCCAGGGCGCGGCGCUGGGUUGCUACACUUGGGAGCGCCGCCCGGAGCUGGGCGCUGGGGAAGGCGGGGCGGGCGCGCAGCCUCCCGCCGCCCUGCCGUUGGGCUGGUGGAGGCCGCAGCGUUGCUAGGAUUGCAUCAGUUUUCCUGUUUGCACUUUUUUUUUUUUUUUUUUUUUUUUGGUAACAGUGGCCCUGUCUUAAGUAUUUCGAAUCUCCUCCUUGCUCUGAAACUUCGGCGAUUCCAUUGUGAUAUGCGCACAAACAGCACUGUCUGUCGGUAACCGGUACUACUUUAUUAAUGAUUUUCUGUUACACUGUAUAGUUGUCCUGUGGCACCCCUACUCCAUCCCUUCCACGCUACCCCCACCCCGGUGUGUGUAAGCUGGCCCUGGGCCAGCUUGUACGAAGCUUGCCACCCAGCCAGUGAAAAUAAUAACAUUAUUAUGAGAAAGUGGACUUAUCAGAAAUGGAACCAGCUGACAUUCUAUCCGUGUUGUAUAUGGAAUGAUGAAGGGUUCCAGUUGUUAUAUGUCUUAAAUUUAUUUAAAACUUUUUUAAUCCAGAUGUAGACUAUAUUCUAAAAAAUAAAAAAAGAGCAAAUGUGUUAACGAAACUCGACAAGUUUAUUGCUUUCUCAUCUGCCAGUGGAUGGAUGGCUUAGUAGUUAAAUAAAAAUAAUUUUUUUUUUAA